AACACCACAAUCGGAUGGCGCCUGUGAGCUCUCGGCAUGGUCGCCAGCGCCUCUCGGCCACUCGCAUGGAAACUCAAGAUAUCCUUUAGAGCCACCACUUCAUCCUAGCCUUACCCUCAAAUCAUCCGCCCAAGUGCAAUCCUGGCACGGGCCAAGAGCAACCAUCGCACGGCCUACUGUGUGUGUGACUAAUAGCAAAUCCAUAUCUGUGCGAAUCAUCUCGUGAGCGAUUGUGAUACACUGAUCGUAAGUCGUUGCAAUGGCGCAGGCACUGAGGAGCGCGAGCAUUGCCGCGUCGUCCUUCGUCGGCUCCGUUGAAUGCUUCGGAGUGAAGAAUGGCGCCCGCGUCGUAGCCAGGUCCUCCCUCGGCGGCAAGGCCAAGCAGGUUGCCAAGCAGGCUUCCAAGACCUUGAAGAAGUCCUCCGGUGCCGGUGCCGAUAGGCCGCUGUGGUUCCCCGGCGCCCGGGCGCCCGAGUGGCUCGACGGGUCCCUCCCCGGAGACUAUGGUUUCGACCCCCUGAGCUUGGGCAAGAGCCCCGAGUACUUGCAGAUCGAGCUCGACUCGCUGAACCAGAACUUGGCGAAGAACGAGGCCGGUGACGUGAUUGGAACCCGCAUCUCGAAGAAGGAGGAGAUCGCCCCCACCCCAUUCCAGCCCUACAGUGAGGUGUUCGGUCUGCAGAGGUUCAGGGAAUGCGAGUUGAUCCACGGGCGAUGGGCUAUGUUGGCCAUCUUGGGAGCUCUGUCGGUGGAGGCCUUCACCGGUGUGACAUGGCAGGACGCCGGAAAGGUUGAACUGGUAGAUGGAGCGUCGUACUUCGGACUUCCACUGCCAUUCAGCAUCACCAGCUUGGUGUACAUCGAGGCGUUUUUGGUGGGAUUCAUCGAGUUCCAGAGGAAUGCCGAGCUCGACCCAGAGAAGAGGCUGUACCCCGGCGGGAAGUUCUUCGACCCAUUGAACUUCGCCGACACCGAGGAGAAGAAGGAGACACUGAAAUUAGCCGAAAUCAAGCACGCCAGGUUGGCGAUGGUGGCCGCUUUGGGAUUCGCCGCUCAGGCCGCGGCGACGGGCAAGGGACCUCUGGACAACUGGGCGACGCAUUUGGCAGACCCCCUGCACACCACCAUCUUCGACACAUUCUCGAAGUGAUAGAGUAAGACAGUGUGUUUGUAGCCGAGAGUCGAGAGUCGAGAGCGAUCUAAAUGUAAGGAGGCAAUGUAAUUUAAAACCCAAUUUCUCACUAACCCUUAUUCAACCUUC